AUGAGAACCAAUGUGGCUGCCAUGGCCAUCGGCCUAGGGCAACUGGUAUCUGCGACCCUGUCUUCACAGAGCUACGUUAUUCCCAGCGGGCAAAUCAACGGAACAACUGGGACCGAUACCAUAGUUGGCCUUACAGCCUUUGAUGGGCCUCAUAUCUCCGUGAACAAUGGAUCCGCCUACCAGUGGUGGUAUUUCGAUGUCGUCUCACAUGAUUCAAAAGCCGCAGUCGUUGCUCAGUUCUAUCCCGGGUGGACCGCUGAUGCUAGCGCCGUCUUGCUUAAUAUCGUCUGGCCCAACGGAACAACUUUUGCUGAAACUAUUUCUGUUGGAACACUGGACCUGACCACUGUGGAUGAUGGCUCUCAAGGCUAUGUGGAAGAUGGUGCUAUGACCUGGUUUGGUGCAUCAGAUCUCAGCGCGUACCAUCUGUCUCUGAAUCUGCCCGAUGUAGGAGUUUCGGGCAAGAUUACUAUGCGCUCUCGGGCGCCUUCCCAUGUUGCCUGUGGUCUUAAUCGCGCAGGAGCCUCAUUUGACUUUGCCGAGUUUCUCCAGUGGGGAAAUUCAGUUCCUGAUUCCUAUGCAACUGUUGAUCUGGAUGUCAACGGAACGAGCCUCACCUUUAGUGGAUCUGGAUAUCAUGAUCAGAAUUGGGGCCAAGCAGCCUUCAUGGAUGGCCUCACCCAGUGGUUCUGGGGGCACUCCAAUAUUGGCGAAUAUUCUCUUGUUUUCUUCUACCACAUUGAUGAGCAAUUGAAAGUCAAGUCCAGCGGUUACCUAGCCAAAAAUGGGAACCUUAUUGUGUCCGGAUGUUCCAAUAUCAAGGUCAUUCCUCAGGGGCCUAGAACCUCUGUGCCUCUAAAUGCAAGCAUCCCUGUGGAAAGCUGGGCUAUUUAUAUCGAUAGCAGUAAGCACGGCAAAUAUGCUUUCACAAUCGAUAAUAAGAUUGAGGCAUCAUCAAGCUCCCCGGUUUAUACUCGAUGGGUUGGCCAGACAACUGGAGGCCGAGUUGGUGCAGCCAAUUCCACCGGCGCAGCUAUCGUUGAGUUCAUGAACAAUCCUCUCAAAGGAUACUACUGA